GGAAUGCGGAGAAUCAAUCUGAAGUAUGUACAUGUAUACCUAUGCUGUCUCAACCAUUUACCAUGCUACUGAGAAGUACCAAAAAUCAUAAUAAAAAUAAGAAGAACAAAAACGGCUUCCCUUGGGCUGCUCUCGUUGGCUGUAAUUCCUGGGGGCUGGUAGCAAUCAGGUCAACCGCCUCACCGCGCCGCCCAACGAUGCCAUCAGUAUCUUUGUACACGACAAAUCGCAGUCGACCGGAUGGAGCCGUUAUGCCGUUCGUUCUCUCGGGAAUUCACCACUAGAGCUUCUACUGCAAGGGUGGCUCCCCAGCGCAUAGUACUCCGUAAUUGUGAAUCAUACUCCGUACUCUGUACACGUCCUAAAUAUAAUAAUAUCGAGUUUCUGCCAGUGCGAUCAAGUGGGUGGUUGGGAUGCAACCACACCGGUUUCUGAGCGAGCAUUUGCUUGCCAUCUUCACCCCCAGGCUCAGGCUCAGCUGGCUCCUUGGUCUCGAGAAUGAGAUUCAAACUGUGGCCACCUGCAGAAGUAUUCUCCACCGUCUAGCACUGGGCAUGCAUUAGUAGUGUGACCAUCCACGUCCUUAACUUGGAGAACGUGUCACUCAGCCCAUUGUAAAAAAAAAAAAAAAAAA